CGCUCACCAGCUUCAAGUAUUACUCAGGUACAUAAUAACUGUCCCUGAAUUUUCCGUUUGCACCACUUGGUCCAUCUGCCUCGCACGUUUAAGAUUUCUCGACUCCCAAUCAGCUCACUGUGUUUUUUUUUUCUUGAAAGAAUGAGAUUCGCUUUGCUGCCUCUUUACCUUGCUGUCGAAACCUUUUGUGUCACGGGUAGUAUACGCACAGAGCUGCAGCAAUAGUCUUACAACCUCGCGGAGUCGGCCCGUCGUUGCGGACGGCUGGUCCUUUGGUAUCGUGGCCAGCGAGCUGUCCAAGCCGCGAAGCAUUUUGUUCGAUAGCAACGGCGCACUUCUCGUCGUUGGCUCCGGCGUUGGUAUCAAGCGGCUACUACUCGAGGACGAGGGUGGCACAUGCAUGUACGCAAAGACCGGGAGCAUGAUCGUGGAGUCUCCUGAGCUCAACCACGGCAUCGCAUUGUCCAACGAUGGACGAACACUGUAUGCCUCGACACCAGACAAGGUAUUCGCAUGGGUCUACGAUGCCACUAAUGGCAAGGUUAGCGAAAAGAACAAGACUGUGAUUAAGGACAUGUACAAUGCAGGACAUACCUCUCGAACACUUCUCGUGUCCGACAAAGCUCCAGGCUUGCUCGUCGUGUCACGGGGUUCUGAAGGCAAUGUAGAUGCCAUGGCCCUGAGGCGGGCAUCUGGUCACUCGCAGCUUCGUGUUUUCAAUGUCACUAGCAUUGCUACUGACGGGGAAGCUUCCAGUUUCUCCCGCGACGGAAAAAUAUCAGGAUGGGGACUUCGCAACUCAGUUGGCGUCGUCGAGCACCCUGACGAUGGGGGAAUGUGGUCGGUGGAGAACUCCGUGGACAACCUGGAGCGCGAUGGUGUUGGUAUACACCCUAGCAACCCUGGAGAGGAGCUGUAUUUUCACGGCUUCCUCAAUGGCUCGACUUAUAGUCAAGAGGCAAACUACGGCUAUCCCAUAUGUCUAGCAUUAUGGUCGACGGAUGGCUUCCCAAGACUUGGUAACAUGAGCACUGGAGACCAAUUUGAAGCCUCCAACGACCGCGCAGACGAUACAUCAGGUUGCAGUACUCAAUACACAGCACCUGACCUUUCAGGCACACUCGGCACCUCUGGACAUCGUGUUCACGCCAGAUGGAUCGGAGGCUUUUGUCACGUUUCACGGCAGCUGGAACCGCGAAAAAGCGGUCGGCUAUGCUCUAUCUAGUAAUGUUUUCGACCAAGGCUCCCCCAAAAAGCUAGCGAAUAGCACGAAUGCCGUCUAUAAUGUCAUGUACAAUGCAGACCUCAACGACUGCCCCAGCCAGUGUUCUCGACCCUUUGGUCUGGCCUGGGACAGAAUGGGCAGAUUAUUCAUGACAUCUGAUUCAACAGGUGAAAUAUUCGUGCUCGAACGAACCAUGGGAUCGACAUCAGAGGGUGUCCCUGGUCACACUGCACACCCGUCGUUGGCAACAACACCGGCUGUUGACUGGUCAUUUCUGUUGGUAGGGGUAUUUCUGGUGACUCUGCGAAAUACAUAGAGGAAGGAACAGGGCGAUAUGAACUGGCCUCUCAUGCCAUUUAAACGCCCCCCUUCCCGGUUCGCAGAUAAGGCGGCUGUCAUUCGGGACCACACAGGUCUGGAUCACGUACUGGCAUACAACAACCCCUAUUGGGGUUUUUACCGCAAUACUACCUGCCCAUGCGAAGUGAAGCAGGUCAGUUCGAAC